CUGCAUCGACUGUAACCCCCGAUUUCAAAGUGCCACUGCCCCCUAGUGGAUAUAUGACUCCUCACUCCGAUUCUGCCAAAACUACAAUCACAAAUAAUGUGCAAUCAACCGUAAAAGCUGCAGCAACUCAAUCGAGCCAAUCGCAGACGAAUAAUAAGAAGCCAUCUCCAAUGAAGCAUGACACUUCAACCAAUCAAAAAGCAUCUUCAACUCCUAAAAAUCAGACCGUUAUAUCAGGGACCGGUAAUGCAAAGCCACAAACUUUAAAUGUGCAAUCUUCUCCUCCCACUGUCCAUACUGGGAACUCCCAUACUGUCAAGACCAAAAAAACCCAAAUUUCUUCAAAAACUGAAAAAACAUCGAAUUUUUCAAUGAAAAACGGGCCUAAAAAUUCUGUAAAACUGUCUAAUGAACAUACAACUGAUAAACGUGAAUCCCAAAAUGCUAAAGAAGGUCUAAAUGAAAGACCUUUCAAAAAAGUUUUUCGUUAUCGAUCACCGAGCAAAAAAAGAAAUCAAAAUUUCAAGAAAAAUGAACCACAAGAUGGGGCUAAUGGUACACCCAAAGAAGCUCCCACUGAAGUUGGAGAAACUACUAGAAAAGCCGCUCCUAUGGAUAUGAAAACCGCUUCCGAGAACAGUAAAACGAACCGAAGGAAGGAAGUGAGAUCUAAGGAUCCAAGAAGUACAAAUAAGGGAGAUCAUAUUCCAGUACAAAAUGGGCCUUCAUCAAAAAGCACUUCACUAAAAAAUAGGGGGCAAGGGACAUCGAAACACAUUAAUGAGACGUCAAAAAAUAGUGAACGAGGGUCUCCAAAUGACAUCGAAAAGCCAUUUCCAAAUACGACAAACUCUACAAAGCCGAGUUCACAUGGAAAUUCGAAACAAGACCGGAAUGAUAUGGGUGACCGAUCACAGCCGACAAAAGUCUCAUCCAACAAUAAUAAACAACGGACAUCAGUAGACACACCCAGGCAUAAUUCUUCUGGGAGUUACAAGCGACAGAAGAAUAAUAUGCAUGACCGAUCACAGCCUGUAAGCAAAGAUUCACUUCAGCAAACACAGCCUGUUCAAAGCAAGCCUAAUGAUAAGCCAUAUACAACCAAGUCAAAAAUGGGUUCAGUUGAAAGUUCAUUUAAAAGUGAAAGGGAGGAUAUGCAUGGCCGGUCACAGCCUGUAAGCAAGGAUUCACAUCAGCAAACACAGGCUGGGGUAAUUAAGCCGCACACCAGUAAAUCGAAUUCAGCAAAGCCAGAAAUGCGAUCAGCUGAUACACCGAUCAACCGAUCACAGCCUGCGAGCAAAGAUUCAAAUCAGCAGGCUGAUUCUGGCAGCAUUCCACAUCAGCGAUCACAGGGUUCACGACCUCAAAACCAGUACCGUAACAAACCAAGACAAUACAAUCGGAAUCGUUCGAAAACCCCAAACGAAAGAAUACCAACAAAGUCUCAUUCAAUCAAUAGUACAUCUACUAAUGGACAAGUCCAUGCACCAGACCCUUCCAAAUCUUCUGGGGACCACCCCGGUUCACCCAUCAAACCCCGUCAAUAUAUUCAACAUCAUCAACAACUAAAACCGAAGCUGCAGAAUCCCAACACGCCAUCUCAAAAUGACCAAAAUCAUCUUAAAAUGACCAACGGAACUAUGGAGAACGGCACGACUUCAUCCCCAAAAGAACAAAGGCAACGACAUUUCAGAGUUCCUAGAAAAGCUAAAUCAACAGAAGCAAACCAUAUUGAAUCUUCUCACUGAAGGAAUAGUCUCGAACGUCAACAUGCUGCUGCUUUAGAUGGGCCUUCGCUGCAUAUAUUUUGUUUCCAAAUAAUAUUCUACUAUCUAGCUGUUUUCCUGACAAUAUUGUCACAGAUUCUUUCAAGUUUCUUGUCAACCUGUAAAUACUAAUUAGCCUAUACAUAGCUCAAUAUGUGACAGUGCUUUGUCCAACUUUCUGAAAUGAUUCUUUAUUGUGCACUCUGAACAUGGCCUUAAACAAGCUAAAAUGUAUAAAACUGUUAUGCUCCUAUUUUUGCCUUCAGAUAUUUAUCCGACAAUUUGUUCAAUAGGGCAAUUUUGUCACUGCUUUAAAUAUUUCGUUGUUUUGCCUGGUGCCUUUAUUAUUAUAAGGCUAGGCGAUAACUACGCUCUCUUUUCUUGUCUUUUCCGCGGUGUUGUGUACGUAGGCAAACUUAAUUUUUUGUGUGGCCCAGCUGGAUAUCUGAAGUUGGUUAUAUGGCCCAUCGACAAGAAUUUUUGACACCCCUAGUCCAGAGGCUCAUUCACUAUAAAUGUCUUUAUCAACAAAAUUACUUCCCUAAGAAAUUUGAUCUCGUUUCCAGGCAGUUUCUUUUUGAACUGCUUCAAGUUUUGUUUAUUCUGUACUCAUAAGCAUCUCUAUCUCAAUAAUAUGUCUCAUGUGGAUCUUCUGUAACCUGGGGUUUCAUGUAACUAACUUCUUAUGCACGUUUCUGGGUAUUAUUUAUACUUCGAGUGAAACGAGUAAACCAUCUCCAAACAUACUAAGCUGACGAUAUUAAUUUGAAAUUGAAAGUUUAACUUUGAUUGAUCAAAUUAUUUUUGAGUUUUUAAAUUUUAAUUUGGCUGUAGUAAUAUAUAUUUGGUGCCUAUUUUAUGUAUUUUAAAGAUUUUUCUGUAAAUUUAAGAUUUUAUUUAACAGCCUUUGAAAAAAAAUUUAAUUUUAUUAUCUCAUUUAUUUAACCUAAAAAUGUAGCAAAAAUGGUAAAAAAAAAAAAAAAAAAAAACUCAAGGAUUUACGUAAAAAUAUACUUUAUUAUAUACUAAUUUAGAACAAGUGCAAUUGAUCUGUCCUUACCUCUCCUGGUUUUAAGUACUAAUAUGGAAAUUCCAGUUCAUUUUUUGCUUUUUUCUCGAUUUAAACUCAAUUUCUAAAAUUGGAAAAAAAAACAAAUUGGGAUCCUGAAGGCAUACUUUAGAGCAGUGGUUCUCAAACUUUUUGAGCUUCACCCCAUAUUCGGCUAUCUAUUGCAAAUCCAACACUUGCCUCUUGUAAGAUGAGUAUAGAAUUCUCAUGAGAAACAGACUUUUAGUCUUAAAGAGACCUGUUCAUGAUUUUUGUAUUUCAAACACAAAAUUUUUGUAGUUAUUGGUGUUUUAGUGUUUCCCAAAACUUUAUUCGGUGAUGAGCCUUCUUCCUGAGUUAGAGAGCACCCUGCUUUUGAGUGAAUUCUCGCCUUAUUUGGUGAUGAGCCUUUUUUACUGCUGAGUUAGCGAGCAUGACCAUGCUUUUGAGUAAAUUCUCGUCCAAAAUUUUUUUGUAUUUCUACUCUAGGCAUACCUAUUGAUCUUAUAUCAAGUCUUAACUUCAGCUUUUUGAAUAUCCAUUGUAAAUUGCAGAACCACCACUUUUAAAAUGUAAAAAAAAAGCUUUUUUCUGUAUCAUGCUUAGCUAUUUUUUGUAGUGUGAAACGCUUUUUAGACCCCAAAGACAAUUGAAAACCCAUGUUUCCCACUUUAGCAAUUAGGAAUUUCCCCCCCCCCCCCCCCUAUUUUGAAUUGCUAGCUACGCCCCUGUACAAAUUGUUAAUUGUUUGAAACUUAUCAAGUAAAAUUAGAGAUUUUGUUUAGGGCACUUAAGCGUAGUCAUUCUACACAAAGUUAGAUUCACUACAUCUUAUUCUUGUCAAGUAUAUUUUCAAACAUGAAGCAUAGCUUAUUCUAUCUGCCUUAUUAGUAUUAGCCUUUACCUAUUAUCAGUCCCCGAACUCUCUAUUUCCCUAUAACUUUUCCCAGAGAUUUUUACUUCUGAAUGAGUGCCCGUAACUUUGCUCAGAGAUGAGUCACCUUUACUCCUGAGUGAGUGCUCAGAGAUGAGUCUCAUUUACUUCUGAGUGAGUGCCCAUAACUUUGCUCAGAGAUGAGUCUCAUUUACUUCUGAGUGAGUGGCCAUAACUUUGCCCAGAAACGAGUCUCAUUUACUUCUGAGUGAGUGCCCGUAACUUUGCUCAGAGAUGAGUCUCAUUUACUUCUGAGUGAGUGCCCAUAACUUUGCUCAGAGAUGAGUCUCCUUUACUUCUGAGUGAGUGCCCGUAACUUUGCUCAGAGAUGAGUCUCUUUUACUUCUGAAUGAGUUUUGAGCGUAAUUUCCUCUACUUUCAAUGGCCUUGACCUCGACCUAUUAUCAGUCCAUGAACUUUAUAUUCAUUAAUGCCUCUAUAUAUUGAAGCCUUAUCGCAUAUUGCUGCCAAUGUACAUAUAAGACGCUGUAUUAGCAAAUAAAUGCUCCUUUAUUAGUUUU